AAUCUGUUCUCUCUCUCUCUCUCUCUCUGCGCUAAACUCCCUCACACCUUCCUCAAGCUGAAACUCCCACUGUAGACCUGUCGCUGACCCUCCGGUGACGAAUCAAAUCCGCCCGAGUGCUCUUCAUUUCCGGAUACUCUCUCUCUCUCUCUCUCUCUCUCUCUCUCUCUCUCUCUUUUCAGUCUCUUCUUCCAUUUCUCCCAAGAACCCCAGAAAGAUAAAUCUUCCGUAAAGAAGACCAUGAUGUCGGACGGUGAGACCAUGGACGAUUCCCUCUGGAGCCACCUUCCACCGGAAAUCGUCGCCGACGUACUCGUUCGACUACCAGUCAAGUCUCUAUGCCGGUUCAAAUGUGUCUCUCCCUCAUGGAAAACCCUAAUCUCUUCCCCCCAAUUCGCCAAAACCCACCUUCACAUUGCCAUUACUACCAAAAAACCUCCAAAAGCCCUUCUCAGAUCCAGCUCUGACGCCCUCUACUCCGUUGAUCUCGCCGACGCAAACCCGACCUGUGAAAAGCUUGAUACUCUUCCGGCCGAGUGCUUCGGUGAGCGGUUAAUGGCUUCGGAACCUUUCAAUGGCUUGCUUCUGGUCCACGGUAUAAGUUAUGAACCCAAUUUCUUGUCGAAUCCUUUCACUAGAGAAUGUAAGAAACUGCCCAAAUCUCCUUUGUCUGACAUCAAUUGGAAUGAAAACGAAGGGUACGGGAAGCCUGUACGUGGGUUCGGUUAUGACUCGUGUAUGGAUGAUUACAAGGUUGUGAUGGUCCAUACCGCCCUUCAGGUUGAUGAUGCUGAUACUGAUGAUGUGGCUGUCUAUUCGAUGAAAACUGAUGCUUGGAGCAGAAUUCAAGUUUCACAUAACUGGCUGGAACCUCAGACUGGGGUUUACCUUAAUGACCGUCUUCAUUGGCUUUGUUGGUAUAAUCUUAUGAAUGCUAUUGCUUUUGAUUUGUCAGAUCAGGUUUUUAGGGAAAUCCAGCUGCCUGAUUAUGAGUUAGACAGUGAAUGCUUGGUCGUUCUUCGGGGAUGUCUCUGUUUGGUUUGUUUCUCGGUUUGUGACGACGGAACUGAAGUUUGGAUGAUGAAUAAGUACGGGGUAACAGAGUCAUGGACUAAAUUUAGGAUUGCUGAUCCUAUGAUGUAUAUAGACGGUGUGUUGUAUUUGUCAGCAAAAGACGAGUUUGUGUUGAGGGUGCUCAUAAAGAUAAUAGAAGAGGACGGAGAAAUAAUAGUAGAUGAAUCUAAAGAGAAGCAACUAGUGUUGUACAAUCCGGAAAAAGAAACAGUGAGGGUCAUGAUUGUUCCUGGCAUUCCAACUGGAUUUGCAAUUUUGGGCAACACCGUCGACACCCUCCUCUCUCCUAAUCAUGGAGGACAGAUUAUGAGACAAUGUGAAGCUUCUUCACGUGAAAGUUCAUAGAGUUAUCAGGUAUUUGCAUCAAGAGAACUUGCUUCCUCGUCGUCCUUGGGUUUGGCAACCCAUUGGACAUAACACCUAGGGUUUUAUGGGAAUGCAACUUAUUGAGAGAUUGAAGUCCCAUUGUGGAAAUGUGUAAGUUUCUUAAUGCUUCCGGUGAGAAGGUACUGUCAAGGUCGUCUAGAAUGAUUUAGGAAAGGAAUGGAAUGGAAUCGUCUUUCCUUCCCUUGGCAAUGGAAGGGCCAUUCACCUGAAAUGAUUAAUGGUGGUUCCAUUCGUAAUGUGCAUUCUGUCAGUUUCUUUGAACAAACUGAAUGACGAAUUCAAUGUUCCGUUCUUGUGAAUUCAACACAACCUUAAAUUCUUUAUCUUCAAGAUUAACCUCAAUUUCUCUGUGUCCUAGAAAGGUGGAAAGGCUCAGUCACCAAAAAUCGUUAAUUAAGAUUCCAUUCGUAAUGUGCAUUCUGUCUUUUUCUUUUAACGAACCAAAUGAAGGUAUGCCAUUUCCAUGCAAGUGAACCAAUCACAACCUUCUGUUAUUUUUGUACCAGAUUAACCUCAAUGACUUCCCUUUAACAUGUUCCAGGAAGGAGGAAAGCCUCACCCACCUAUUUGUCAAUGCCAUUCAUCUCAACUUGUUUAGUAAAGUUCUUCCUUCAAUUUUGAAUUUCAUGAUGACAGCGUCAUUGUAUUUGAAAGAUUUGUUGCUGCAUUGCCUGUAUCCAUUAAUGAAAAUUGUUGAAUUAAUGUUCGAGUUUCAGCUUUCUAGUUCUUGCUACUACUCUUCUUCAAUUACGGGGCUUCUAUCCAUUUCUUUCGCCGUCUAAUGGGCUAUUACUCAUGUUUUUAGUGGUGUUAGAAUGCAUAAACAUUGAUAGUCUACAUUUAUUUUGCAGUUGAUAGUGAAGGAACAUCCAAGCUCUAAACUCUGUGCAGCAGUACUCGACUUUGUACCGGCUAAUUAACCAUGCUCUAUCUAGAUAUGCUCUGCAGCACUUCAUCUUCUCGCUCUUUUGAAGGCACUUCUAGGGCUUGAUUUCAAGUGAACCUUUUUUGUAUUCUAGUAUGUAUUUUUGUAAACUUCAGUUUCAUUUCUUGGCUAGGAGCUUCUUUGUUGUGUUAUUGUUGUUUCUUGUUCCAUGACUAUUCUGUUAUUCACCUUGGAAUGUACAAGGAUAGCUUGCUUUAAUAUGGAGGACUCAGGAAAAUUCCCUGUUCCUCCAGUCCAAGAAGUUGAUACUUGAAGCUCAA